CGGGGCUAAAAAUAACUCGGCCGCGGCUACUUAUAGCAGGACCGGCCGGAGGAGUCCAGCCCGCAGCCCCGGCAGAGGCAGCGAGAGAGAGAGACCCCGGGCCUCGACCUAUCUGCGGGUCCGAGAGCCGGCGAGAUGUCGGAGCGUCGGGUGCCCUUCACCUUCCUGCGGACCCCCAGCUGGGACCCGUUCCGGGACUGGUACCAAGGCAGCCGCCUGUUCGACCAGGCCUUCGGGUUGCCCCGCAUCCCGGAGGACUGGUACUCGUGGCCCAGCGUUGGCAGCAGCAGCAGCAGCGGCGUUGGCAGCGGCAGCUGGCCGGGCUACGUGCGGCUGCUGCCCAGCCCGGUGGCGGGCGAGCAGGUGGCCCCGGUGGCCGCGGCCCCCGCCUACGGCCGGGCCCUGAGCCGCCAGCUGAGCAGCGGCCUCUCCGAGAUCCGCCAGACCGCCGACCGCUGGCGGGUGGCCCUGGACGUCAAUCACUUCGCCCCCGAGGAGCUCCUCGUCAAGACCAAAGACGGGGUGGUGGAGAUCACCGGAAAACAUGAGGAGAAGCAAGACGAACACGGCUUCAUCUCCAGGUGUUUCACACGGAAAUACACGCUUCCCCCAGGUGUGGACGCCACCUCGGUGGUCUCCUCCCUGUCCCCCGAUGGCAUGCUGACGGUGGAGGCCCCACUGCCCAAGCCAGCCACCCAAUCUGCCGAGAUCACCAUCCCCGUGACCUUCGAGAGCCGGGCCCAGAUCGGAGCCGGGGACGCCAAGAAGACGGAGGAGGCGGCGGCUUCGGCCAAGUGAAUCCGGCGGCGCUUGCAGGCCGGGGGCGAGGGGGAGGCCCGGACCCAGCCUCUACCGUCCCUUCCCACGCCACAGCAUCCGCAUCUUGCUUUUUUAUACUAGCACAUUCAUCCCACUUUCUCAAAUAAAGCUCUAAAACCCA